AUGGUGCGCCCUAAUUCGCCCUAUCUAGGCGGUGCGCCUAACUCGUCCGCACGAGCCAUCAAUCCUUCGCCUAGUCUUGAUGACGGCGCGUCCACGCCUCCUACGGCCCACCCCCCUUCGUCGCAAUCGCAACCGCGUCCCCGAUGCCGCCGCCUUGAACGACGGCUUGACCAGCACAUAGACAAGCCCCUACGACGUCACAAAUGGACAUCCAAGAAUCGCGAGUGGACGCGAAGCCAGUUGGGGCGGGAGCGGCGCGACUUCUUCGACACUCGCGUCACCGGACGAACCGAGGUCUGGCAGACGAUCCACGCCGCUCUCGAAGCCCUGUGGGCUGAUACCACCGGCCAGGACAGUGAUGCCCUGGCCAUGGCCCAGACGAUCCUAUCCGCUGCCGACAUCUCCAUCCCCACAGGGAACCUGGCGAAUGGCGUCUACGAUACCUUAGGGAACUUCUAUUCCCUCCCCGACUUGAUAGUCUGCGACCCAACCAACGUGGCGCCUGGCAGCAGCCAUGACGAAGACGACGACGACAAUGGCGACGACGCAAAGCCCGUACUAUCAAGCAGUGGGGGCGGCACCCGGCCUAAUGAUGACCCCGACGAUGAUGACGAAACACCCGCGACAUCGACAGCGACCAGGGGGGGAAGGGGUAAGGCCGUAGCCGAGGCUCACGAGGAGCAGGUCACCCUUCGUGUUAGACUCAGCGAGAACGGCUGCGACUACCAAGUUUCAGUUGCUCUGUCAGAGAACGUGCGUAGCGUCGUCAGGAAAGUCGACCACGUACUGGCGCCCGAUAAGAAGAUUCGCCUCGCCUAUAUGGGCAAACUGCUCAAGGACAACUUGUCUCUCGAGGUCCAAGGAUGGCAUCAAGGUCACAUCAUCAAUGCUCUUGUGUUUGAUCGUUGUUGA